AUGCGGGACCCGCGGGGCGCCGUCAGUUCCUGCAGCAGCAGCCGCCGCCGCCCUGCAGCAGCAGCCGCCGCCGGGCCUGCAGCAACACACGCCGCCGCCCUGCAGCAGCAGCCGCCGCCGGGCCUGCAGCAACAGACGCCGCCGCCCUGCAGCAGCAGCCGCCGCCAGGCCUGCAGCAGCAGCCGCCGCCAGAGCCUGCAGCAGCAGCCACCGCCAGAGCCUGCAGCAGCAGCCACCGCCAGAGUCUGCAGCAGCAGCCGCCGCAAGAGCCUGCAGCAGCUGCCGCCACCGAUCCAACAGCAGCAGCCGCCGCCGCUCUGCCGCAGCAGCCACCGCCACCCAGCAGCAGCAGCCGCCGCCCUGCAGCAGCAGCCGCCGCCAGGCCUGCAGCAGCAGCCGCCGCCAGAGCCUGCAGCAGCAGCCACCGCCAGAGAUUGCAGCAGCUGCCGCCCCUGGACCCGGUACGCUCUGUGCUGCCCUGCCUGUGCUGCCCUGUACUUCCGUGCCUGUGCUGCCCGUGCCUGUUGCUGCCCGUGCCUGUGCUGCCCGUGCCUGUGCUGCCCGUGCCUGUGCUGCCCGUGCCUGUUGCUGCCCGUGCCUGUGCUGCCCGUGCCUGUGCUGCCCGUGCCUGUGCUGCCCGUGCCUGUUGCUGCCCGUGCCUGUGCUGCCCGUGCCUGUGCUGCCCGUGCCUGUUGCUGCCCGUGCCUGUGCUGCCCGUGCCUGUGCUGCCCGUGCCUGUGCUGCCCGUGCCUGUUGCUGCCCGUGCCUGUGCUGCCCGUGCCUGUGCUGCCCGUGCCUGUGCUGCCCGUGCCUGUUGCUGCCCGUGCCUGUGCUGCCCGUGCCUGUGCUGCCCGUGCCUGUGCUGCCCGUGCCUGUGCUGCCUGUGCCUGUUGCUGCCCGUGCCUGUGCUGCCCGUGCCUGUGCUGCCCGUGCCUGUUGCUGCCCGUGCCUGUGCUGCCCGUGCCUGUUGCUGCCCGUGCCUGUGCUGCCCGUGCCUCGGUGUAG